GAUGAUGAGAUAAUACCUACUUUGCGCCGAUGUGACGCUUUCUUGAUGCAGUCUGCUCUGAUCAACUCAUUAUCUAUGUUUGACAAAGUUCGCGGUAACAAUAAUGGCCAACCAAAGGAACGAAACACUGUGGAAUCGAUCGACUCUAUACAUUUAUUGCAUUCGGAAAGUAGCUGCCCUCCUUUAGUUCCGAAUGCCCCGGAAGAAAAUCUCUCUAAAAGCAAUCAACAACCAGAUACAAAUGAAGUCCCCUAUGGUAUUAAACAAUUCGUUUACGAUUGGGCUAGUGUCUAUAUCAAAUUGGCAGGAAUUCGUCGAGAUCUUGGUGGACAUCGUCUUAUCGCCUAUCCCGAUCUUAUUGGGGCUAGUAGUCUACCCUCUCGAGAAGAGUUCAGCUGGACUCCUCCCCACGAGUCAAUCGACUCCAAAUCAACUGAUUUCAUUUCCCUUUUCGGUUGUGAAGAUGCGACAAAGACGAGCAUGCCAUUGUCUGGACGCUUUAUGAACUCUAACUCUUCUGAUAAACCUUCUUAUCUCAACUGCUCUGUUUGUGGUUUGAAUCUUACUGAAAGGGAGCCCAGCAAAACCGCGGCAGAUUUGACUUGUCGUUUAGCUUCAGAUCAUGAGCUAAUAGAUGCUACUAGUGAUCAAGACGGUUUUGAGUUAAGAAAAAUUGUCGCUACUACUGCUAAGAAUAAACCUGUAUUUACCAAUUCACCAACAUCAGCCCAGGGUCGCUUUCAGAUGGAACAUCGGCCUUGUUGCAUAUCUGAAAACUUCCAUAAUCUCAAUAUAUCUGACCACGUUGGUAAUAUUUCUAAUGGUAUUCAGCAAAUCUGCAAAACGGAGCCAACAGCCUCCAACUCUAACUUCACCUCCAGCUCACUAUCCACUGGUACUAUUCUGCCAAUUGUCAAUCCAGGCAAAAAUAACGGCGGCUCUUUGUCAUUGAAUUCAAAGGCGCUAUCUAGCUCAGGAACUUUGUCUACCCAUAAAUGUAUCACAGAUCUUGUAAUUGAUGGUUAA